AUGGCGGCCACUUCAUCCACCGUGAGUUUGAAGCUCCUCAUAGACAAGAAGACACGAAAAGUUGUCUUCGCCGAGGCCGACAAGGCCUUCGUUGAUUUCUUGUUCCACCUCAUGUCGUUGCCGCUCGGGACAGUUAUCAAACUCGUGAACCAUAACUCCAUGGCCGGAUCCCUCGGAAGCCUGUACGGCAGCAUUCAAAACAUUAGCGACGCAUACCUCCAACCCAACGUGGAUAAGGACGCCCUUCUCAACCCUAAAGUUGCGGUUCGCUCUCCCACUGUGCCGCUCCUAAUGGCCCCCGGCCUCGCCUCUGAGACCAAGAAGUUUUACGUUUGUUCUGGCUGCAACGCUUAUGCUAACCGCCAGAGAUACAUCUCCGAAUAUCCGGAUUGUGGAUUGAAGGUGUUGAAGGCUGCUCUACACACUGAUUCUGUUCUCACCACUGUUUUCCUCCCAAAGUAG